CACAAACCUCUCCAUUAAUUUCCACCCAAGGGAAAAAGCAAGAAAACCCCAAACCCUUUUCUGGAGAGAAUGAACUCACAGAGCCUGAAACAAAACACCAUGCUCCUCAGAUUCAUAAUAGUCAUAUUAGCCAGUUGCAGCAUCAACCAAAUCAACCUUUGUUCUACCUACCCUUUUGCCACCCCCCAUGUCCCUUCAAGUACCCUAAAACUGGAGGGCUAUCUUAGCUUUGACAACAUUGACCAUGCAGCCAAAGACUUUGGGAACACUCACCAUUUCCUCCCAUCUGCAGUGCUAUAUCCAAAAUCUGUCUCAGACAUCUCGGCCGUGAUCAAACAUGUUUUCGAGAUGAGUGGCGGCUCGGAGCUGACUGUGGCCGCCCGAGGCCACGGCCACUCCCUGCAAGGCCAGGCGCAGGCUCACAAUGGAGUGGUGAUCAACAUGGAAUCGCUUAGUGGCGAGCCAAGGUUGCGUUUCCAGACGGGAGGAAGAAACCCCUACGUCGAUGUCUCUGCAGGGGAGCUUUGGAUAAACCUCCUGCAUGAAAGCCUUAAACAUGGGCUCACCCCGAAAUCUUGGACCGAUUAUCUUCACCUCACCAUUGGCGGCACUCUGUCUAAUGCCGGAAUCAGUGGCCAGGCAUUCCGGCAUGGACCUCAGAUCAACAACGUUUAUCAACUUGAGAUUGUCACAGGUAGAGGAGAAAUAAUGGCAUGUUCAGAGGAGCAGAACACUGACCUGUUCAACGCAGUACUUGGAGGACUAGGACAAUUCGGUGUCAUCACCAGAGCAAGAAUUGCCCUUGAACCAGCACCCAAGAUGGUUAAGUGGAUCAGAGUUCUGUAUUCAGACUUUGCCACAUUCACCAGUGACCAAGAAAACCUCAUUUCAUCUGAGGAUACUUUUGAUUACAUUGAAGGGUUUGUAAUAAUCAACAGAACCGGUCUGGUUAAUAACUGGAGGUCUACUUUCAAUCCUAAAGACCCAGUUCAAGCCAGCCAGUUCAAAUCUGAAGGCAAAACACUUUUCUGCUUAGAGGUUGCCAAGUACUUCAACCCAGAAGAUUCUGGUUUCUUGGAUCAGAAAAUCGACACGCUUUUGUCAAAGCUGAGCUACAUUCGAACCACGCUGUUCCUUUCGGAAGUUUCUUAUGUGGAUUUUCUGAAUAGGGUGCACAUCUCAGAGAUGAAACUCAGAGAAAAAGGGCUGUGGGAAGUCCCCCAUCCAUGGCUGAAUCUUCUUAUUCCAAAGUCCAAGAUUCAUGUCUUUGCUAAAGAGGUUUUUGGGAACAUUCUCUCAGACACCAGCAAUGGCCCCAUUCUCAUCUACCCUGUGGAUAAAUCUAAGUGGAGAAAGGGGACAUCCUUGGUUACUCCUAAGGAGAAUGUUUUCUACAUGGUAGCAUUCUUAACCUCUGCAAUGCCAUCAUCUACUGGGAAAGAUGGCCUGCAACAUAUACUUUCACAGAACCGAAGAAUUUUAGAUUUCUGCAAAAGGGCAAACAUUGGGAUGAAACAAUACUUGCCCCAUUACAGCACUAGGGAGGAGUGGAAAGCCCAUUUUGACAGCCAGUGGGAUGUUUUUGUCAGACGGAAAUCCCUUUAUGACCCUUUGGCUAUCUUGGCUCCUGGCCAGAGAAUUUUCAGAAGAGUAACAACCUUUCAACAACAAUUAUGAAUGAAUAACUUAGUACACAGAUCUUUUAGCAUACAAGAAUAGUGAUAAUGCUGAAAAGAGUAGACAAGUGAAUGAAUUUCUUAUUGUCAAUUCUUGUACCUAUAUGGUUUUUAUAAAAAUGGCAGCAAACCAAAAUUUCUCUUGUUUGUUGUGUGAGUCUGAGAUUGAAGUUUUC